GAAAAUUUUUUUGGUUGAAUUUUCCCAGGAAAAUUAUCAACCAACCAUAUUAUUUUCUCCCCAACCAAACAAACGAUACAGAGACGAAACAACGGGCGAGAUGUCUGGCGGUGUCCGUCCUACUUACGACGACAUCACCCUACCACGAGAAGAAGAAGUAGAAGAAGAAGAACGCACACACCUUCACCACGAAACCUCCACCGGCAAAACAUCCUCCGCCGCCGCCGGCGGGCUCCUCUCUUUCCAUCAAUUGAAUUCUCUCGCCAUCAUCGUUGUCCUCUCAACGAGCGGCCUCGUCUGCGUCGACGACUUGGCCUUCGUCCUCUUCUCACUCGUCUACUUCAUCUUCCUUUCCAGAUCAGUUUUCCCUCCCAAAACCCCCAAAAUCGACGGCCCUCUCACAAGCCCUAGCAACAAGACGUUCCGUCUCUACGUCGCGGCCGCGGGAAUCGUCGGCCUGGUGAUCCCGAUCUGUUACAUCUGCCAUGGAGUCUUCGAGGACGACAAGGUCGGGAUUCGCGCCGCGGCUCCUCACGUGUUCCUCCUCGCUAGCCAGGUGUUCAUGGAGGGCGUUGCCUCCAGGCGCGGGUUCUCCGCCCCGAUGCGAAUCCUGAUCCCGAUCUUCUACAACGCGAGGAGGAUCCUGACGAUCGUGGAGUGGCUGAGGGGAGAGUUCACAAAGGAGACGCCGGAGUUCGGGACGAUUUCACGGCGGAGGAUGUUGGCCGGUAGAGCUCUGGCGACUGCGAACAUGGCGGUUUGGUCAUUCAAUCUGUUUGGGGUGCUGUUGCCGGUUUAUCUCCCCAGAGCUUUCAAGAGGUAUUAUGAAGUGAACAACAAGGACGAUUGAACCGGUUUUUGUGUUUAACUGUCCGGUUUAACUUAUACCGUAACGUAAUGGGUUUAGUUUUCGGUUUAUUGUUCAGAUCUUUGAUGUGGAACCGGUUUAGGGUUGGUUCUAUUGUUCAGCUUUGGCUUUCAUUUCGACGCUACGGUCUAUGUUCCAAUUUCCAAAUACGCACCUUUUGUUAGCUACGUGAAUCAAUUUACUUUGUGAUGACUUCAGUUCAUAGAUUAUUGCUCUAAAUACCGAAAUGAUUACUCAAA